AUGCCGAGCUCCUCCCAGAGCCCUCAGAAUGGCACCUGGACAGAGCCUUUCUCCCUGCUUUUAGGUCUUGGCGCCAUCCUCUACUUGGGCUACUACUGGAGAUAUGUGCCCCAGAGGCCUCAACUGGUGACUGGGUCCUGGUUUCUGGCCUUCCUGGAGCAACACUGUCCAGUCACUCUGGAGAUUUUCUACCCUACGCUCUGGUGUUUUGAGGGGCGGCUCCAAACCAUCUUCCGAGUCUUACUGCAGUCUCAGCCUCCAGUCUCUUACUGGAGUGAAGUCCUCCACACCCCAGAUGGAGGCCAGUUCCUGCUAGACUGGGCUGGCCAGUGUGGCAGCAGUCAGUACCCUGACCCUACUACCCAGCCCAUUGUAUUACUGCUUCCUGGUAUCACAGGCAGUAGCCAGGAUUCCUAGAUCUUCCAACUGGCCAACCAAGCUCUGAGGGAUGGUUAUAGAGCUGUUGUAUUUAAUAACCGGGGCUGCCGUGGGGAAGAACUGCUGACCCACAGGGCCUUUUCUGCCAACAAUACUGAAGAUCUGGAGAUAGUCGUGAACCACAUAAAGCACUGCUACUCCCGAGCUCCACUGCUGGCCGUGGGCAUCUCUCUUGGAGGGAUAUUAGUGCUGAACCACCUAGCACGAACAGGGCAGGCUUCGGGGCUGGUGGCGGCACUGACUCCAUCUGCGUGCUGGGAUUCCUCUGAGACCACCCGCUCCCUGGAGACCCCACUCAACUCGCUGCUCUUCAAUCAGCGCCUCACUGCUGAGCUCUGCCACAUUGUGAACCGAAAUAGAAAAGUAAUGGAAAAGGUGGUGAAUGUAGACUUCGUGCUACAGGCCUGCACCAUCCGCCAGUUUGAUGAGCGCUACACAACUGUGGCCUUCGGAUAUCAAGACUGUGUUACCUACUACCAAACAGCAAGCCCAAGAACCAAGGUAGAUGCCAUCCCGACCCCUGUGCUCUGCCUCAACGCAGCUGACGACCCCUUUUCCCCAAUCCAUGCCCUUCCCCUACAGGCUGCCCAACGCUCUGCCCACGUGGCACUGCUCAUCACAGCCCAGGGUGGCCACACUGGCUUCCUGGAAGGGCUGUUCCCCUGGCAGCACUGCUACAUGACCCGCCUCCUGCAUCAGUAUGCCAAAGCCGUCUUCCAGCACUCGGCGGAGCUGCUCAACCUCCGUGGUCUCUCUCCUCCCAGGAGAGGCAAGAGCUGACAGGAGUACCACCGGGGUCUUAAUUCAGUCUUCGCUUAUUUAUUAAAUAUCAACUUUUCCCGAA